UUGUUGUAGUGCACCUGAGGCCCUAUCCUUGCCUUUCUUCCUACAAAAUAAACAAUGAGAGGGAGGAGCCGAGCAAUUCCUGAAUCUCGUGUUUACUUAUUUAUACACGGCUGGAUCACCGAGCGAUCACCUCCGUCCCUAAACAGCACCGCCUUCUCUCUAACACGCACAGAUUUGACAAUGCAGAUUCUUUUUCUUCUGCUUGUGUCGCUGCUACUCGCCUGCAUCUUGAAAUUUAUACACUCGGUGAUGUGGGUUCCAUGGCGAAUCCAGGUCCAUUUCAGAAGGCAAGGCAUAAAUGGCCCUAGCUACCGUCUACUCUUAGGGAACGCGCCUGAGUUUGGUCGUCUAUUUAGCGAAGCACGGUCAAAGCCAAUGCCUUUUAACCACGAUGUGGUGCCUCGAGUGGCCCCAUUUUACCAUGAGUGGUCGCGCAAGUACGGGAAGACGUUCCUCUAUUGGUUCGGAACCAAGCCCACGUUGGCUAUAUCAGACCCUGAUAUGAUUAAAGAGGUUCUUAUGAACACGGGUGAUGGGUCGUUUGAGAAAGCACGAAAUAACCCCCUGGCUAAGCUGCUCUUUGGACAGGGACUUAUUGGGCUCAACGGUGAUGAGUGGGCUCAUCAUAGGAGGAUCGCAAAUCAGGCUUUCAUGAUCGAGCGAGUUAAGUGUUGGGUACCAGGAAUUGUUGCAAGCACAGAGAAUAUGCUAACCAAAUGGGAGGAAAUAAGAGGAGGGAGAGAUGAAUUUGAGAUGGAUGUGAUGGAUGAUCUUCAGGACCUGUCAGCAGACGUUAUAUCCAAGACGGCUUUUGGGAGCAACUAUGAAGAAGGGCGGCGUGUAUUUGGGUUGCAGGAACAACAAAAGUACCUUGCCUUCCAGGCUUUAGGAAAUGCGUAUAUUCCAGGGUUCAGGUUUUUGCCCACCAAGAAGAACAGAGAGAGGUGGAGAAUAGAGAAGGAAACUCGUGAAGCAAUAAAGAACCUGAUCAAGACCAAUAACAGAGUUAAAGAAAAUUCAAAAAAUCUACUUCGUUUACUUAUGUCUUCGUAUAAAAACGGAGAUGGAAGGGAAGAUCAGACAUUAGGGGUUGAGGAUGUUGUAGACGAAUGCAAAACAUUCUACUUCGCAGGAAAGGAAACGACUGCCGAUCUUGUGACUUGGGCACUUCUCCUUUUAGCAUUACAUCAAGAAUGGCAAGAUAAGGCACGGGAAGAAGUGUUCAGUGUCUAUGGAAGGAAGGAGCUUCCAGUUGCAGAGAAGUUAAAUGACCUCAAGAUUGUGAAUUUGAUACUCAAUGAAACGCUGCGGCUUUACCCUCCAGUUCUGAUGUUGAUGCGGCAAACAUCUAGGAAGGUUAGGUUGGGAGCAAUCGACAUUCCUGCUGAUACACAGCUUUAUUUGCCUUUGCCUGCUGUCCAGCAUGACACUGAAAUAUGGGGAGAAGAUGCUAAUGAGUUCAACCCCUUGAGAUUCAACAAGUCUCGAAAGCACUUGGCUUCAUUUUUCCCGUUUGCGCUAGGCCCUAGAAUUUGUGUUGGUCAAAGUUUGGCAAUUAUGGAGGCAAAAAUUGCCCUAACCAUGAUAAUAAGGCAGUACUCUUUGGCCGUGUCACCCACUUAUACUCACGCUCCAAACCUCUUUAUAAGCAUGCAGCCUCAAUACGGUGCGCAGAUCCUCUUUCGCAAGAUUUCAAAUUGAAAAUUCGCGAGGCACGAGGCUCAUUGUUGUUGGUGCAUAAGCAAUUUUAAUAUUUAGUACUGCUGCUUCUCUUCUUGUAAAUCUGGAACUGAAAAGAUUUAUCUAUGUUUGGUAUGUUUCCGCUGAUAGCACCACAGGACCAAAGGAUGGUUGCAGGUGGAAAAUGUUUUGUACGGUAUGCUUGUUUUAUUUGCCGGAAAUGAAAUUGCGUUUUAUCA